UGUACCAUCCUCAGUAUACGCCUUGUAUCUUAGGUAGGGCUGAGAGAACUCGAAGAGAGAACCACGGACUUGUGCGUUCAGUCUAACUCGGUCCUCGAACUGGUCCCGUGUACUUGGCGUGCUGCGUGUAUAACCGGCGUCAGUCACAGCAUCCGCGUUGCCGCUUCCCUGACGACGCGAGAUAAGCUUCCCCCGAAGCACCGUUGGGCACAACGCUGUAGGGACACAAGGCGAGCAGUAAUCAAAAAAAAACAGGAAAAGGGCUGAAAAGUGAUUCGGCUUCCUUUCCUACUUCCAAGUUGGCCUGAUAAAGCAUACAUAAAACGGCGGAGACGUUAAAGUCGAUUCAGUGGUACGAGACAACAGAUCCAUCAGCGAAGAUGAGUGGCUUGGCGGUUUGUUUGAUACUCCUCUCGACGGUGCUGGGGAUUCUCGGCGACUGUCCUGCGGUGCAGCCACCGCAGUGGGGAUCCGUCAGAGAGUACCGUCAUAAGGACGGUACUCGGCAGAUUGUGUACAGGUGCGAGACGGGCCGUAGACUGCAGGGUCACAAGAUAGCGACUUGUACUGCUGACGGUUGGAAUCAACCCGUCCCGAAAUGCGUGAUUAAUGAUGAUAUGUUGAUGGAACGUUUUCGUCAUGAACUUUAUGUCGGCGAUCAACCAAUCGCUCCGGACAGGAACAAGGUACAAAUCGCGAGGGAUCGUCUUAAGGCGCUUGAGGGGAUAGACGAUUUAAAAAAGGCAGAGAAAAACAAAGGAGGGCAAGAAGAGGAAAAAGAAAAGGAAGAGGUGCGUAGUGUCCCAACUAGACAUCAGCUGUGCUGCGAAGAAAAUCCUUAGAAAGGGACUCAUCAAGGCCCCUUCGAUCAAGCAUGCUCGAUCCGCCAAAUACGCCAGGUUUGUUGUUGCACAAACAAGCCGUAAAACAACUCUGAAAUAACGAAAAAAUUUAUCUUGUGCUUAAAAAGUAACAGGAAAUUAAUG